GCGCCGUACCUGCACGCCGGCGGCCCCCCCGGCCCCUUCGGCCCGCCGUCGUACGGCUCCCCGCGCCCGUUCCUGGCCGGCGGCUCGUCGGCCUUCGGCGGCCCUGAGCUGGGCUGGCUGUCGGUGGCCAGCCAGGAGGAGCUGCUGAAGCUGGUGCGGCCGCCCUACUCGUACUCGGCGCUGAUCGCCAUGGCCAUCCAGAACGCGCACGAAAAGAAGCUGACGCUCAGUCAGAUCUACGCCUACGUGGCCGACAACUUCCCCUUCUACAAGAAGAGCAAGGCCGGCUGGCAGAAUUCCAUCCGACACAACCUGUCGCUCAACGACUGCUUCAAGAAGGUGCCCCGCGACGAGGACGACCCCGGUACGUGAACGCACCACUCG